AUGCGAUUUGAGCAGCUGCUCUUGGUGUGUCUAGCAUGCCUGUCUUUGACGGUGCACGCUGCGCCUGCAUCGGUCAAAGACCUACAUCGCAGCCAUGACAGUCACCCCAAGCCCGCACAUGAUCGCCAUCGACCUCGCAAAAACUCUUCCUCACGUCACCGUCGAGCGCUGAACACCGACGAAAUCCAUGCGGCCGAAGAAGCCUCCCAUCUCCUCCCCUCGUACCGCGAAAAGUACGCGGCGGCCGAAGUGGCUCGGCGGGAGCAACUCAAGCUGAAGCUUCACCAGAUGCAGGUCGAGGACUCGAUCCACAUGGCCAAGUAUGGAAGUGCGCCGCCCAAGUUUCCGCUCAUCACCCGCAUUGCGAGCACCAUCGGGUUGUCUUCUGCCGUAUUUAACGUCGUCAACUUCAUGUAUUCGGCCAAGACGACGGCACUGGCUACGGAUCAGUUCAGUGCACCGCCGACGCCGCCUACGUUGAUCGAUAGCGCCGCGCGCUGGGAUGGGAAGGAGUACCGACUUCUGCCUCUGCCUGAGGACAAUCCUAAAGAUGGCGGUUCUGGCAAGAAGAAACGCAGUCUGCCCAAUGCACCCGUGGAAGGGAAGAUGGAGAAGCGUUGGGUGGUAUCCAGCAUCGUCGGUGCGGGUCUAGGUGCAGCCUUUGCUCCCGGCUUCACGGGCGCACUGAUGAACAAGAAGCCGGACGUCGACAAGCCUCCCUUCGAUCCAUACGACGAGAGUAUGCUCAAGCCCAAGGAUGCGUUUGCUGCAGCUGCGGCGGAUUCUAGUCAGCCGUUGCCCGCUGUGCAGUCGACGGGUCCGUCCGAAAGGGUGCCUGCUGCGUCGCCUCCAGAGCUAGGGGCCGUGGUUUUCCCUGGCGAGCCAAUCUCAGAACGUAGCUUCGCUGCGGACACUAGACCUGCUCCCAACACCGGCUUUACGGCCCCUGACAACGCGCCUGUCCUGCGCAAACGCUCCCUCUCCCCAUCCUCCUUCGACUCCUCCUCCCCCGAAGAGCGCGACCUGCGCAAGCGAUUCCUAUUCAUGGGCGGACCAUGGUCCAAAGUCGCCGGCGCCCUAACCGUAGGCAGCGUGGUCCCCCUCCUCUACGAAGGCGUCACCCACGCCCGAUGGCGAACAUACAAUCCUCGCGAUCGGGACGUCCUCAAGGACCUCGAUGACACGCCAACCUAUGGCGCUGUGGGUGUGCCCGGCCGUCAGCCAGGGCAGCUCGCGACGAACGCUAUGCCUGGCUACGCGAAGUAUCUGACCGAGCUCGAGCAGGGCCAGGCUCAGGCUCAGGGACAGCAGCAGGCCUCGCCGAUGGCUGCGGGUUCAAGGCUGGCUACGAACGAAGGCGCAGGCCCAGUGAUCGCAAAUGCGGAGACAACGUUGAGCGACGCGCAGCCUGUCCUCCGCCGUAGCCUGGACAAGCGUGGGAACCUCAUGAUGGCCGGUGGGCUGGCCGCGUUCGGUCUCGCCCUCGGGUACGCACAGUCCGCGACGCAGUUCCCCACCGACCGGGACGAGGAGAGAGACGAGCGCAAGCGCAAGCUCAAAAAGGCGCAGGAGGCACAGCAGCAGGCGAUGGCACAGCAGCAGGGGAUGCAGCAAGGGGCUGGAUCGCAGGUCGAUCCGCUCGCCGGAAUCCCUGUCAAGCCUCUCCCCGAUGGCAGUGGUGGUGAUCCGCUUGCGGGGAUGCCUGUAAAGCCGCUACCAGGUGGUGGUGGUGAUGAUCCUCUUGCUGGAGUGCCGGUCAGACCGCUGCCUGGCAGCGAUGCUGGCUCGGAUGACACGAGUGGCAACGCACCAAACAGCGCCGGCCCGACCUCGCCCAAUAGCGCAGCUUCGAGUCUCAACGCAGCCGCUGGCCUCCAGACCAACCUCGACACCAGCUCUCCUGUCCUGAAGAAACGCACCGACUCACUCACCAAGCGCACCCCAGGCAUGGGUAGCGCGCUCUCCAUCGGCGGCACAGCCAUGUUCUUCGGCACGCUGGCAGGCAACCUGUUUGUGUCGGCCAAGCAGAAGUCCAAGCCCGUGCCGGUGGUGACGCCCAAUGCGGAUACCAAGGGACCUAUGAUUCCGGGUGGAGAGCUGUAUACGCAGUUCUUGGAGUCGCGUCGCGGUCCUACGGGUGCGAGUGCGGGUGGUGUCGGGCAGGGUGCCAUGGCUGACGUUAGCCGCGUUGCUGCGCCGGUGGCUGCUCCCGCAGCUGCUGCGGUGGGCUCGAUGGGUAGUGGUGCGGGCUCAGAUCUCACCUGGACACCCACCUCGAAUGGCGGCUUCGUUCCCGUUCGCACCGACUCAAGCUCCUCCGACGACACCUCUGCCGAUCCGGUGCUCAGAAAGCGACGCGCUUCCCUCCUCAAGCGCGCUCCCCUGGCCUUCGCAGCUGCCGCCGAAGCGGGUGAAGCGAGCGCCAUCCUAAGUAAGGCGCCUGCACUGCUUGAGGCGGAGGCUGGUCUCGCCUCUCUCGGUGGGGGUGCCGCCGCUGAAGCUGGUACCGCAGCCAGCGGUGCUGGUCGGCUUAGCGGGCUCAGCUCUGAAGCGGGCGCUCUUUCACGAUCCGGUUCCGCUGGUCGCCUGACGCGCUUUGGCAGCGCAGGUCGUGGUGCUGCGGCUGAAGCUGGUGCUGUCGGUCGUGGCGCUGCUGCCACCGAAGCUCUCACUCUAGGUCGCACCGCAGAGGGCGGUCUAGCAGUCUACCGACCCAAUCCGGCAUCGUGGGGAUCGGCCAAGCCUGCCAUGAUCGAAAACGCCGCUGCGGUCGGCGGCGAGGGCGUACCCGCCACCAUCGAGGGCGUCACCAAGGAGAAGGGCAAAGGCAUGUCGUGGAAGACAGCUCUGGGUAUCGUGUCUGGUGGCGCGGGGGCUAGUAUGACUUUCAACGGUCCCGGUUGA